ACAAAUCCUUUAUUUAGUUUGCAUUAUACCACCUCAAUAUGCAUAUCACCUAUUUCACUCGCAUUUUUCAUUAUGCUGGUAUAAAAUAAACGUCUCUAAAACUCCAAUCAUCAAGUGGAAAUAAUAUGAAUACCGAAUAUAUAAUUAUAUCGUUAUUAAAACGUUCCAGCAGGUAAGUGGAUAAGAACCAACGUCCCGGCUCAAACUUCCCUUGCGGCGGCUGGCUGGUGGGCAGAAGAGGAGGAAGAGGAGGAAGCAUCGGCGAGGAGGCCAUCAUUUCUGCUUUACUCUGCCGCCACGUGUGUGCGACGAGCCCCGGCCAAACAUGUCCAAGCGGAAAAUAGAUAUCAACCCAUCGGCGCUGAGGAAAAGGCGUAAUGAAAGUGUUCCAGGUUCUAUUAUCAUAAAUAACAUAUAUAAGAAACCAAUCAGACAAUAAAAGUAGUGCAAAUGUCAAAGAAAGGACUAACGGAUGAGGAGCUAUCAUAUAUGAUGAGUGUGACUGGUGACUUGUCAGACUUAGAUGAUGAUGGUGAGGCUCAUAAUGAAGGACUUACUGGUACCAACAUAGAUAAUGCUGAAAUGUCAGCUAGUGAUGAGGAGGAGGAGGAUCAAAUAGAGAAAGAGUUGAUGUAUGAUAGUGAUGAUGAUAAGGAUUAUGUCCCAUCGUGUAGUGACGAAAAUGAAGAAGUGCCAGAGGAUGUUGAAAAAGAGAUGGGGAAGAAGAAGAAGAAAAGAAAGCAAACUGGCAAGAAAACACGUCGCACAUCGACCCCAAAGAAAAAAAGAAGUAUUGUUGGACCACACCCUGGGAACUAUCCAGGUGAUAGUAUCCCUUCCACUUCAGCUGAUGUACCUUCUCCUCCUUCCCCUAUAACUGGACCUAAUGAUGCUGCUUCCCACGUGGACACGACCGCUGCUGAUGCUUCUCUUGCAGCCAACUCUUCUGCUGCUGCCCCUUCUCCCUCUGCAGCCAGUAGUGGUGGGAGACAUGGGAGACGUAGGAGACAAGCUCAAGUUGAUGUUCCAGCUAUAGUACAGUUUGAUAGUACUACUCUGGCUGGCAAGUAUGGGUUCAGAUGGUGUACCCGCCCACAGUCCAGUACCAAUCGGGUAGCCAGAAACAUUGUCACUGGUAACCUCGGACCAAAUGCCGAAGCGCGAGCUUGUGAUUCCCCGGAAAAGUGCUUUAACUUAUUCAUUGAUGAUUCAUUUUUGGAUAUAGUCUGUCAGUGGACAAACAAGAGGAUUGAGAUUGAAGCCAGUAGGUACACCAAGAAAACAGCAACACAUAGAAGUGUGGAACGGGAGGAACUUUUGGUAUUCAUUGGGGUGCUAAUAUUUUCUGGAUGCCAGAAGGAUGGCCAUAUGUCAACCUGUGACAUGUGGUCUGCUGACAUCGGUGUGCCAUUGUACCGUGCUGCUAUGUCGCAGGCCCGUUUUGAGUUUAUACUCAACUGUUUACGGUUUGAUGACCCACAGACAAGAGAGACGAGAAGAGAGACUGACAAAUUUGCACCUUGCAGGGAACUGUUUGAUAACAUUAUGGAGAAGUGUCAAAGGCACUACACACCCUGUGAGCAUCUCUGUAUUGAUGAGCAGCUGCUUGCAUUUCGUGGAAGAUGUCCAUUCAGGAUGUAUAUCCCAAGCAAGCCAGCCAAGUAUGGCAUGAAGAUGAUCCUCAUAAAUGACUGCAAGACUAAAUACCUGCUAGGAUGUAUGCCAUACCUCGGAAAGGAUCAGACACGGCUCACACCUGGAAUAGGACUGGGACAUUAUUUUACCAAGGAACUUACACAGCCAUACCACCACACAAACAGAAAUGUAACCACAGAUAAUUGGUUUACCUCUGUAGGACUAGUCACUGAUCUUCUAGAGAACUGUGGCAUGACCAUGGUUGGAACAUUGAAGGCAAACAAGCGAGAACUUCCAGAUAAGAUAAAGAGCAAAGAAGAUCGUGAACCUGGAUCAAGUGCCUUUCUCUUCACAAAAGAGAUGACCCUGGUUUCAUAUCUGCCUCCGGUGCGAAACAAGGCCAAGAAGUUAGUCCUCUUGCUCUCAUCUAUGCACAGCCAGCCAACCAUAGGAGAGAAAGGAAAGCCAGAAAUUAUAGAAUUUUACAACAGCACCAAAGGUGGAGUGGAUGCUUUUGACGAGAUGUGUGAACUGUACUCUUGCAACCGGAAAACUAAAAGAUGGCCCCUUUGUAUCUUCUACUGGAUGGUGAAUGUCGCUGUUAUCAAUGCAAAUGUAGUGUACACAGCAAACCUAGAGAGGACAGGAGGUACCAAAGUUCCAAAACGCCGUCGUUUCAGGCUACACCUUGCAAGAACAUUCAUACGGCCAUGGGCUCAGAAGAGGUUGUCGGCUGACACUCUCCCACGGCCCCUAAAAACACGGAUAUCUACUGUCUGUAACCUCCCAUCAGUAGCCAACACACAAUACCCAACUGGCCAAGUACUUGCCCAGUGCACAUACCGUCAGGUACGCUGUGCUGAGUGCCCCCGCUCUACAGACCGGAAGACACGCAUCAGGUGCCUGAAAUGUCAACGACCCGUGUGCCAGUCCCACUACUACCCUACUUGUACCAAGUGUAUUGAGCUCGUGUGAGAUGUGGUGCCAGAGAGCUGAGGGCUGAUGAGGGGAUGGCAAGAGGACCCAUUUCGCCAUGGCAGGAAGCCUGUUUCUUUAAAGAAAUUUUUUUUAUUUAAUUUGAAUUUUUAUCUUGAAUUUUUGGGAAAACAUUUGAAAUUUCAGUAUUUUUCCUUUAUUUUUUUUUAGACCAGAAGAAUUUAGUGAGUUAAGUAACUUUAACAACCAAAAUGAAGAGGAAGGAGGCUAAUUUCUGUGGAAUUUUUCAAAAAUAAAAUUGUUUGAAAGGAAACGUGUUUUUUCUCGAUCCGAAAAUGGGGUUAGCUACACACCAGGUUUGUGUUUGUGUGACAAAAACUGAAGGUUUGAGUUCCCGGGUUAAUGUACUGAGAAGUUAUUGAUUAGUCUCAUGCACAUAGAAGAGUCAUCACUAAUUAUUGUAAUGGUUCCAGCAGGAAUUUUCUUAUAAUAUCAUCCGAUGGAUAAAUGCCACCACUGACAGUUCUCGAGAACAAUGGAAAAUGCCCUCGAGGUGUAGCAGUAUUUGUGAAUAGCAAAUAACUCAGGCAGAACAAAUAUUUUAUGAUAUUCCAUUUUAUUAUGGCGUAUUUGUCCCAUUCGGUCAUCGACAAAUCCUUUAUUUAGUUUGCAUUAUACCACCUCAAUAUGCAUAUCACCUAUUUCACUCGCAUUUUUCAUUAUGCUGGUAUAAAAUAAACGUCUCUAAAACUCCAAUCAUCAAGUGGAAAUAAUAUGAAUACCGAAUAUAUAAUUAUAUCGUUAUUAAAACGUUCCAGCAGGUAAGUGGAUAAGAACCAACGUCCCGGCUCAAACUUCCCUUGCGGCGGCUGGCUGGUGGGCAGAAGAGGAGGAAGAGGAGGAAGCAUCGGCGAGGAGGCCAUCAUUUCUGCUUUACUCUGCCGCCACGUGUGUGCGACGAGCCCCGGCCAAACAUGUCCAAGCGGAAAAUAGAUAUCAACCCAUCGGCGCUGAGGAAAAGAUAUAUGCCUGACAAUGACCGUGACAUGGACCGAGAGAGCAGCUACCUCAGCGGCUCCAGCAAUUACAGCUACAAUUCAGGCCGCAUGAAUUACAGUGACUACCAGCGAUCAGACACAUACCAAGGCAGCAUUGGUAGUGGUGGGGGUGGCAUGGGUGGGGGUAACAUGGGUGGGGGUAACAUGGGUGGGGGCAACAUGAGUGGGGGUAACAUGGGUGGGGGUAACAUGGGUGGGGGUAACAUGAGUGGGGGUAACAUGGGUGGGGGUAACAUGGGUGGGGGCAACAUGGGCGGGGGCGGCAUGGGCGGGGGCGGCAUGGGCGGGGGUGGUAUGGGUGGGGGCGGCAUGGGUGGUGGUCUGGGUAUGAUGGGCAACAGCCUUCAUCAGCAGCGAGGGGCUGUGGCCAUGUCGCUCAACCCCUUCACAAACCUGCCCUACACCCCAAGAUACUACGAGCUGUAUAGGAAAAGAAUUGGGCUUCCUGUAUGGGAGUACAGAACAAAGUUUUUUGACUUGCUGGAUCGCCACCAAACCAUAGUGUUGGUGGGCGAAACAGGUUCAGGCAAGACUACACAGAUGCCACAGUGGUGUGUCGAGUUUGCCCGCUCCAAAGGCAAGAAAGCUGUUGCUUGCACUCAACCCAGGCGAGUGGCAGCCAUGUCUGUGGCCCAGCGUGUGGCUGAGGAAUUGGAUGUAGCACUUGGUCAGGAGGUGGGUUACUCCAUCCGUUUUGAGGAUUGCUCCUCCUCCAAAACAGUGCUCAAGUACAUGACAGAUGGUAUGUUGCUGCGUGAAGCCAUGAGUGACCCUAUGCUGGAGAACUACCAGGUCAUCUUACUGGAUGAGGCUCACGAGCGGACAUUAGCUACAGAUAUCCUGAUGGGGGUGCUGAAAGAGGUGUUGAAACAGAGAAAUGACUUGAAGCUGGUGGUGAUGUCAGCCACCCUGGAUGCUGGCAAGUUUCAGCACUACUUUGACAAGGCUCCACUGCUCAAUGUUCCUGGCCGCACUCACCCUGUUGAAAUCUAUUACACUCCAGAACCAGAGAGGGAUUACUUAGAAGCUGCCAUCAGGACUGUCAUACAGAUACACAUAUGUGAGGAGAUACAAGGCGAUGUACUGCUCUUCCUGACGGGUCAAGAGGAAAUUGAGGAGGCAUGUAAGCGCAUCAAGAGGGAGGUGGAUGCUUUGGGUCCUGAUGUUGGGGACCUCAAAUGCAUUCCUUUAUAUUCCACACUACCCCCCAAUCUCCAGCAGCGCAUCUUUGAAGCUCCACCACCCAACAAGCUAAAUGGAGCCAUUGGACGGAAAGUUGUGGUGUCUACAAACAUUGCUGAGACCUCCCUCACUAUUGAUGGAGUUGUCUUUGUGAUUGACCCAGGCUUUGCUAAACAGAAGGUGUAUAAUCCUCGUAUUCGUGUGGAGUCCUUGUUGGUGUCGCCCAUCAGUAAGGCAUCAGCCCAGCAGCGAGCUGGUCGUGCAGGGAGAACGAGGCCUGGCAAGUGUUUCCGCCUCUACACAGAAAAGGCUUUCAAGAAUGAGAUGCAGGACAACACCUACCCUGAGAUCCUCCGAUCCAAUCUUGGCUCUGUAGUGCUGCAGCUCAAGAAGUUGGGCAUUGAUGACUUGGUUCACUUUGAUUUCAUGGACCCUCCUGCUCCAGAGACCCUCAUGAGAGCCCUAGAGCUCCUCAACUACCUAGCAGCUCUUGAUGAUGAUGGUAACCUAACAGAGCUUGGAGCAAUCAUGGCAGAGUUUCCACUUGACCCUCAGCUGGCAAAGAUGGUGAUUGCCUCUUGUGACUUCAAUUGCUCCAAUGAAAUCUUGUCCAUCACUGCUAUGCUCUCAGUACCGCAGUGCUUUGUGCGCCCUAAUGAGGCUAAGAAGGCUGCAGACGAGGCCAAGAUGAGAUUUGCGCACAUUGAUGGGGACCACCUCACGCUGCUGAACGUCUACCACGCCUUCAAACAGAAUAUGGAGGAUGUCCAGUGGUGCUACGACAACUUUGUCAACUAUCGCUCACUCAAGUCUGCAGACAAUGUACGACAGCAGCUGUCGCGCAUCAUGGACAGGUUUAGCCUUAAGCGUACUUCCACAGAUUUCAACUCUCGGGACUACUAUAUGAACAUCCGCAAAGCCCUUGUUUCAGGGUUCUUCAUGCAGGUUGCUCACUUGGAACGUACAGGCCAUUAUAUGACCAUCAAGGACAACCAAGUGGUGCAGCUCCACCCUUCCACUUGCCUAGACCACAAGCCAGAGUGGGUCCUGUACAACGAGUUCGUCCUCACCACCAAGAACUACAUCAGGACUGUCACAGACAUCAAACCUGACUGGCUAAUUAAAGUGGCUCCCAACUAUUAUGACAUGCAGAACUUUCCUCAGUGUGAAGCCCGAAGACAGCUGGAGAACAUCAUCACAAGAUUUGAGUCUAGGCAGUAUAGAGAAGGAUUCUAAGUUUGAAGUUGGUAGGAAUGUUUCUCAAGCACCUGCAUUUCAUCUUGAUGGUCUAUGUGUUUUUAUGAUAUGUUCAUGUUAAAGUAUGUCCAUGAAAAGAGCUUCGUUGUGUUAAGCUUAAGAGUGGAUAGGUAUGGAUUGGUCUCUUUGAAGUCUUUUGGACUGGAGGAGGUGAUACAUAGAUAGUUUAUAUUUUUUGUAUGGUGUAUUAGUGCAUCACACUAUGGGGUCUUCAUUGCAGUACUCUAAACAGAUUGGUCACCAAGACAAAAUAAUGCACCGUGUGUGGUCAGGUGUGUCCCUCUAAAGUUCAGGAUUAAUUUAUUCACUGUACAAAGCAGCAAAUUAAUUAGUUUGUAACCAGUCUGGCCACACCAACAUAGGCAUUAUAUUUAUUACACUUAUAAGACAAAAUAGCAAGUACUCUGACUCUGUGUUUUGCUACCCAGGACCCAUCAUUCCCAAUAGCCAAGUGCCAGGUCCAGGCCAUUUGGGGUUGCUAAGAGUUACCCUCUGUGGCCCCAGCUUGUCACUCAUUUUAUGAUUAGAAUAAAAGGAAAAGUCUUA